AUGACGCCAUUACCCGCGUUCAAAAUCUUACGCAACGUCGCCGACGACGAGCGCGAGGGCAUCCUCCGAGAGGUCUUGCUUCUCAGCAACGGCAGCUACAUGUCGACGCUAUCCAAGGGUCAGAGCCAGCACCUGGCCGACAAGUAUAACUGCCACGUUUCCACCAUUCACCGGGUCCUCGCUCUUGCGAAGCAGCAGGGUGUCGGACAUGGCAACAUGAAGGUCACUAAAGUCUGUUGCAACUACCGCACGGAAGAAGUGCAGAGUUGA